GAGUUGCAAUUUCAAGUCGCUGCGCUACAUGGGCAGAAAGCAUGGUCUUGGACGCUCUCUUGUUAAACAUAUGGGAUCAGAACUUUCUGAAAGAUCAGGGCGCCACGUAGUUCGAACAAACAGUGAUCGGGACUGGUCUCGUCUACCUGUUCAUUCAGUCACAGAACAAACAGGUUUAGAUGAAUUCUUUAGUAUUGCCAACCUUGCCAAUCAUGAAUUCAAAGCUCAGAAAAAGAACAUCAGGUUUCUCACCCCAUCCGAAAUUAUAGGCAUACCAUCUCCCGCCGACCGCUCUAAAAUUUCAGAAGUGCAGAAUAUGUAUAAAGACUUUCUCAAAAUACCCAGAAGUUAAGUGAAUAUUUAUUUAUGUGUGUGUUGAGUGGGGUGUUUGCUUACCUUUUUAAUUCAUGUGAGCUGCUUUAAAAUCUACCUAAUUGGUUGCUGAUAAUGUUUUUACUAGUUUCAGGUCUCAUAAAUUCUAUCUCGUUAGAUAAAGUUAACUUUGCCAAAGUAUUUCUCAUUACUGUUGGGGAAUAGUAAAAAUGAGUUGUUGACUUGAAAAAAUUCUGUUUGGUUUAGUCUUUAGAGGUUUAACUUUCUAUCGAUUUUGCUUUUGUAUGUUAAGGUAAGUAGACGCAAGAGACACACAUGUUUCUGAAUGCCUAAAGAUCACUAAUAAUGUGCAAUUGUUUCAUUAGGUAUGUUGCGUUGCAAGGGUAUUGGAGAAUAACUAAGUCGGUGAAUAAGCUUCCAUGAUUUGAUAUGUCACUUACUGGUAAAAAAAUUCAGCAAAUUUAUUCUUCAUUCAUUUAGUAACCUAUUAAUAUUCAGAUCGUUUUGCAUAGGAUUAUUUCCAAACAAAAGGGUUCCACCGCUUGAUUUUUAUUUGCUUCCUACAGACCUAAGUGGAGUCCAGAAAUGUCAGUUGAUACGUUGGAUAGUCUUGAAAAGGAAGAAUUCUUGAAAUGGAGACGGUCAUUGGCUUUGCUUGAAGAAAAAGACGGCAUCGUUCUUACUCCUUUUGAGCGGAAUUUGGAGUUCUGGCGUCAGCUGUGGCGUGUCGUGGAACGUAGCGACGUUGUUGUUCAGGUGGUCGAUGCUCGUCAACCUCUUUUAUAUUAUUCGAGUGAUUUAGAUAGUUAUGUUCAUGAAGUUGAUUCGAACAAGACAUCUGUGGUUCUUGUUAAUAAGUCUGACUUUCUUACAAAUCAACAAAGAGCUUUAUGGGCGGAGUAUUUUAGAACUGUUGGUAUUAACGCCAUAUUUUGGUCGGCUGUACUAGCCAGUGAACAGAUGCUAGGACAAAGUCCUAACAUUAUGACCCAACCUUGUGAUAUUUCAACCAAAAUAAUUAAUGGAACCAGUUUGGAAUCCGAGAGUAAUUCUGAGGAAAGUCAAACCGAGUCAGACACUGAUAGUGAGGCCAGUACAGUAACUAUUCAUGAAGAAACUAACGAGGAAAGCCCUAAGGUUGUCAGAUGCACUACACAGUUGCCGAAUAGACUGGAUUGUAAAAAAAGUGAUCCUUGUGAUAGUACAAUCAAUACAAAAGAAAUCAGUAAACCGAUUUCCGAGUUUUCUUCCAAUUCUGUUAGAUGCGAUGUUAUUGAUGCUGAAACAUCUGCUCAAUCCAAACAAAAUGGUGAGGCGGGAGCUAAGGUUGUUGGAGUUGAGGAGCUAAUAAAUUUGUUAACCGAAAAAUUCAGUCCCUCCAGUCGUCAAUCAAAGGAUCCUUUGACAGUUGGCUUUAUUGGUUACCCAAACGUUGGGAAAUCAAGUACACUCAACGCGAUACUAGGUCAUAAAAAGGUUCCGGUGUCAGUUACACCUGGGAAAACCAAACAUUUCCAGACCAUUUAUGUUCGAUCAGACUUGAUACUUUGCGAUUGCCCGGGAUUGGUGAUGCCGUCUUUUGCUUACUCUAGAGCGGACUUAGUUGUAGCUGGCAUAUUAUCAAUCGAUGAGAUGCGUGAUUAUUUAGCUCCUGUUGGUUUAGUUUGUGAAAGAAUUCCACGUCAUAUUUUAGAGACAAUGUAUGGAAUCAACCUUCCUAAAUUUCAAAAUGCACAAGUUAAUGAUAGUUUAGACCGCAUCCUGACACCACAUGAAUUAUUAGCUGCUCACGCAUUUAUGCAUGGUUUUAUGACAGCUAAAGGGAAUCCAAAUUAUGAUCGUUCUGCAAGAAUCAUUUUAAAAGAUUAUGUAAAGGUAAGUUGGUCAUCCGGAUUUCCUGCAUUUAUUUGACUCAUUAAAAGGAGAGGAUUAUGAAGAGCAACCUGUCACACUUCCUUUCUAAUGUAUUUGUAUAUGGUGUAUAUUUUCAAUCUUAAAUGUUAUGAAGAUGUUAUUAAAGAUUUAUAGUCGACUUUAUCGUUUAUUCUGAAACUUCAUUAGUAUGUAUUCUACAGUAUAUUAAUCUAUAUUUAUCUAUGAAGAAUGAAAACUUGAUUUAAUUUGGGGCAAAUUGACAACCAGUUUUAGGUUCAUGAACAUUGGAUCUUCGGACCAUGCAUUUUGUAUUGAGAACUAGUGGUGUUAUCUGUUUGCUUAAAUCUAACUAUGUAAAAGCGUGUGUAAACCUGAAUCUUAGUUCUGAAGAUAGAGUAAUUUAACCAAUUUGUUUUUAUUUUUUUGGUAAUUGCAAAAUAGAUGUAUGAUCUACACAGUCAAUAGAGUGAACAAAUAAUAGUCACGGUAAACAAUGAUGAGUUAUGUGUGAUAAUUGUAAUAAUAGUAAUAAUAAUAGGUCGACUUUUGUACUGUCAUCCUCCUCCAAAAACAAUUGAUCCUCUUGAUUUUCAAUCACUUGGGCGAAAUGAUAGUUUACCCUGCGGGGUUGGUUAUUUUCCUGAUCAAUCUAAAGCUGAACGGUUUCUUAAACGAUUAGAUGAAAAACAGAAACGAGCGUCUAGUCAAUGUAUUGAUGAAGUUAUCACUGAAUUUGAUCGAUUGGCGUUUAAACAGGAUCAACCUGCACACGAACUUAUUAAAUCUCAUAAGCAAAUACCCAUUUUACGUUCUAACAUAGAAAAGUCAAAGAUCGAUGAUGAAGUAUCAUCGAAUGCAUCUUGGAGUACUGUUGGCUCAGUUGAGACUGUUAGCAAUUUAUCAUGCAUUAGUAGUGGGACAACACAAUUUAUCUUAGAAGAUGGUGCAGUCAAAAAACCUUGGCGUCUAUUAAGUCACGCUAAACACUUGAAUUCAGUACAUUCAACAAUAUUAUCAAACCAAACAGAGGCUGUAAAACAUGUAACAAAACAUAAAAAACGCAAAGAAAAACUUCGUCGAGUUUAUCGUUAUUUAGAUGAACAUGAAAGAACAUGAAAGAAAACUAUUAUCCACCUAAAUUGCAUCCU